GGUGGGACCCAGAGGCGCGCUUUGUGCUUUCUGCUGCACCACCCUGGCUUGAUUUCAGCAUGGAGGAAAUUUACGCCAAGUUCGUUUCUCAGAAAAUUAGCAAAACCCGCUGGCGACCGGUUCCUCCGGGGAGCCUGCAGACCGCAGAGACCUUCGCCAUCGGCUCUUGGGACAAUGAGGAAAAUUCCGUUUCACUAUGGUCUAUUGGAGAUUUUGGAAACAUGGAUUCUGACGGAGGGUUUGAAGGAGACCAUCAAUUAUUGUGUGAUAUCAAACACCAUGGUGAUGUCAUGGAUUUACAGUUUUUUGACCAGGAAAGAAUUGUAGCUGCUUCAUCAACAGGAUGUGUAACAGUUUUCCUUCACCAUCCAAAUAACCAGACUCUGUCGGUCAGCCAGCAGUGGAAAGCAGCUCACCACCACACGGGUCCUGGAAGUCCUACCUACAGCAGUGCACCAUGUACAGGUAUCGUGUGCGACAACCCAGAAAUUGUCACAGUUGGAGAGGAUGGUCGAAUAAAUCUCUUCAGAAUUGAUCACAAGGAAGCUGUCAGAACUAUAGACAAUGCGGAUAGCAGUACCCUCCAUGCUGUAACCUUCCUGCGAACUCCUGAGAUUGUUACAGUAAAUUCAAUUGGACAGUUGAAAAUAUGGGAUUUCAGACAACAAGGAAAUGAGCCCUGUCAAAUCUUAUCACUGACGGGUGACCGAGUGCCACUCCACUGUGUUGACAGACAUCCCAACCAGCAGCACGUUGUAGCUACUGGUGGCCAGGAUGGAAUGCUGAGCAUUUGGGAUGUUAGACAAGGCACCAUGCCGGUAUCUCUGCUAAAGGCUCAUGAAGCUGAAAUGUGGGAAGUUCACUUCCACCCAUCCAAACCAGAUCAUCUGUUUACUUGUUCUGAAGAUGGAUCCCUCUGGCAUUGGGAUGCCUCCACAGAUAUGCCUGAAAAGUCUUCACUCUUCCACCAAGGAGGAAGAAGCAGUACUUUCUUGUCUCACAGCAUAAGCAGCCAGGCUAAUGUUCACCAGUCUCUAAUAACUUUCUGGCUCAGCACUGAUACUGCCAAAGACCGCCUUGAAAUCACAAGCUUGCUUCCCAAAAGGACUCUGUCUGUAAACAGUUUGGAUGUUUUAGGUCCUUGUCUUGUUUGUGGAACUGAUGCAGAAGCAAUUUAUGUUACCAGACAACUAUUUUCUUGAAAGUACUGUUUUGGUAAGAUUUCAAGUAAAACACACAGCUUUAUCCAUUUUAAUUUCUGUGCAAAAUUUUAUCAUCAGAAAAUGUGAUAUUUUCAAAGAGACAGUAAACCAUUGUUAAUGUCAGUGCCUACUUUUGGCUUUUGGUAGCUGGAGUCCUCCUAACACUUGAAGAAUCUGAUAAAUGACUUAUAGCAAAA